GCGGCGGCUCGGGCGGGCGGCACGCGGGGCGGCGGCGGUCGGGCUCGAGGCCGCGAGAGGCCGGCGGUUGGGCGGCCGUUGGGGGCCGCCAUGGGGGCCACGAUGGGGGCCAAGCUGCGACUCGUGUGCGCCGCGGCGGCGCUGCUGCUGUGCUGCGCCCCGCCGGGACAGCCCGGAGCCCGGGGCGCGCUGCUGUCGGCGGGCGACGGCGACGGCUACGGGGUGAAGCUGUGCGGCCGGGAGUUCAUCCGCGCCGUCAUCUUCACCUGCGGCGGGUCCCGCUGGAAGCGGCUCUCCCUGCUGGCCGCGGAGCCGGCGCCCGCCGUCGAUUCCUCUCAAGCAGAAAGCAACAAACUUCUGGGAAACUUCAAGUUGCAAUCAGUUUUGGGUCCUGAACUGGAACAGAUGCAGAGAAGCAGCCCAUUUCUUGGAUGGGAGAUACUGAAGGACUUGUAUAGUUUAAAUGACUAUAAUGAAUAUGAACCUGUGGCAGAUGACUUCAAAGAACUUCUUCAACAGGUGGAAGAAGCUGCUCAGAAGGACAGGGGAGGAAAAGGAAUUCCAAAUCCUGUGGGAUCAAACAGUUAUCCUUGGGCCAGAUAUCCCAGAAGAAAACGUGAAUCUCUGGGUCUGGCAGGAAUGUGUUGCAAAUGGGGCUGUACAAAAGCUGAAAUUAGUACUAUAUGCAGAGUUUAAAAUACUCUCUGCACUUGUGCAUGAAAUCUAUGUUAGUUGCAGUGCUACUUGGUUGAAUGCUGUAUGGAGGAAUAAAACUCUUACUGUAUUUUGUUUUAUCUGUAAGUGCCAGUCAAUACUGCUGGUUUUCUUUAAACAACAACAACAACAAAAUCCUCAAGUGUAACUGUAAUGACUUUGUUUUGCUGCAGUAACUUUUACUCUAUAUUUUUUUAAUAAGUCUUUACAAUUCAUUUGAUGUCCAGCCUUUACUCUUAUAUUACAAAUGUAAUAUAUCUUUGUAACAUGUAAGGAAAAAGUAAGUGUUUAAUUAAAAUGUAAUUAUAC